CAUGAAGUCCUUGGUGCUGUGGCUGUUGAUUUUGACAACGUCAAUGCAAGUAAUCUAUAGUCAGCACUGGUCAUAUGGAUUGAACCCUGGAGGAAAAAGAGAGCUGCUCCUUUUAGACAAGCAAACCAAUGUACCGGUAAGCACUCCCACGACACUCCAUUCAUUCAUUUGUCCAUUCAUUCAUAUUCAUUUAAUCUAUCUUUUAUCAAAUCAACGUGUGUUUUCCCCUCUAAAGGUGAUUGAUGGCUUUCGGCACGUGGAAAAGCCUUGCAAAGUUGUGGCAUGUGGACAUUUGUCACUUUUUGCCAAAAUAUGCAGGAUGAACGAAUUUCAUGUAAGUUCUGCAUUUGGUGCAUUUUCAAAUGAUGAAGAGACUAAUGAUAAUGACAUCUUGGAUUUAUGUUGCGCAUUUCAGGAACCCAAUGAUGCUUUAUGUUAACCCGCGGGAUAAUUAAAAUGGGUGUAUGUGUGUAUGUAUAGUGAGAGAAAGAGAGGGAGAAAAUGUGUCUGUGUGUCUGUAUUCGUCUUACAAAAU